GUAAAUACUUUUUGAUAAUAGAAGAUCGUUACGUUUGCCAUGGGAUUUGCGGGUCAUGUUGCAUGCUGGGAAAUGUAGUUAUUAUAUGCCGUUUCAACUUUAAAGUGAUAAUCAUUCUACUCGUAAUUCAUCAAAUAUUUUAGUAAUACAGUUUAAUACUUAAUACGCUCAUAUAAUGUCAACACUUAUCUUGCAUUGAACAUUUCAAAGGAUGCUUAUUUGGAACGUUCUUACAAGAAGACUACAUUUCCCACAAUUCCAGUUCUCACAGUGUUUCCUGUGUUUACAUGCUCUGAUUCAGGAGAAAUGAGAACUGCAACAUAGCUUUAAUAUAUUUAUAUAUAUAAACGGUAUUUUAAGUAUAUACAAGUUAUAAAUGCCGAUACAGUGCAGUUUAGAGAUUAAAAACACUACUAUUCUGCCGGAGGAUAAGCAUCUUUAAUCUUGAUGUUUUUGACCAUAUAAAGUGGUACACUGGUGAUAUCAGGUGUACAGUAUAAUAAUUAGUUUUCUUGAAGAAUCAGAGUAUGGAUCAUCGCUGCUACUGUUGUGCAUCAAAAUUCACUCUCUUCAGAAAAGAGUUGGGAUGUAAAAACUGUGGCCAUUCUUUCUGCUCUGGGUGUCUGACAUACACUGCUGUGGUGCCAAAAUAUGGAAACAGUCAGCAGAAAGUGUGUAAACAAUGUCAUGGGAACUUAACAAGUACAGGCAACCAGAAUGAUGCUGGCAGAUGGUCCCCACCAGAAAACUAUAAAAAGCGCGUCGCUGCUCUUGAAGCCAAACAAGCUCAACAGAAUCAGCCUCCAAAACCUGGAGGUGGUAAAAGCAGUUCUGUGGGUCUCAUUCCAACCAGAGGUCUCAGUAAAGAGGACCAGGUCAUCGCAGAAAGGCUGCAGAAGCUGAAAGAGGAAACCAAGCCAAAGUCCAUACCAUCAGAGAAAGAGCUGGAGUCUCGUCUAGCUGCGUUAAAGGCGCCGGUUAAGCCGGUACCGUCGGCUAAAGACAUGGAUGAGCGUUUGGCUGCCUUACAGGGGAGACUCCCGCCCUCUCAAGCCCCACGUCCUGUUCAUCAGCCGCCUGACAGCAGAACUCAAACCGAACAGGCCAAUGAUUUAAUCACACAGAUGACAGAGGAAGUUGCUAUUGACAACCAGCAUCCAUCUGCGGAGGAUGGAUCACUAAACGAUCUCAAUAAGCAAGAGGGCGGGAACUUGAAUGCGAAUCUGGAUGACACAGGUCUGUCAAUCAAACAGCUGCAGACGGAGAAGACCCGUGUGCUUGAAGAAGCCAUGCAGGAACUGCAGAAAGACCAACAGAACCAGGAGCAGAUGCUGCAGAUAGCCAAGAGACUCGCGCUGCUACAAGGACGAGACCCAGAGCAGGUCAGACUGUUAGAUUUCCAACAACCUGACAGUGAUGAAGAGAAUGAAGAAGAGGCCAUCAACAGUGUUUUGAAAAAGUUAUCUGAAGAGGCAGCUCUGGAUGAGGCCAGUGGCUACAACAUCCCACCUGACCUCAGGGGACCAAUGAACAGAGAGAAGGACACGUCCAACAGGAAACCGUUUACGGAGCAGUCACCUAAACCAAAACUUCCAGCUGCUGUAUCUCAGUCCCGCCAUUUUAAUGAUGAUGAUGAGGGUGAUGAUGAUGAAGAGUUGCCGUGGUGCUGCAUUUGUAAUCAGGACGCCUCCGUCCGCUGUCACACAUGUGAUGGAGAUCUGUACUGCAACCGCUGCUUCAGGGAAGGUCAUGACAAAUAUGACAGAAAAGAACAUCGUUCUUCUACAUAUACAGCACCAAAGGAAACCAAGAAGAAAACAUGAAUCUUAUAGUGCAACAAUUUAUUUAAUGCUUUAAAAGUAUAGCUCUCUAACAGCAGACAGAAAUUACAGUAUGUUUCAAAGACAAGAUGCUCUCAAACACAGGCAUGUUAAAAGCUGAAAGAUUAUUUUCUAGUCUGCUUUGUGGGAAUUAAUAGAAACGUAUUAUUAAUAGAAACUUGAGUAGUAAAUAAGUGCUCAAACAGCUUGUGGUAAAUGUUUUGUGUUCAGCUUUUAUGCGUAAGACUCUAAUAAGUCUGUAGUAAUAAAAAACUGAAUCAUUCUGACUUAAACAUGAAUAAAAGGUCGAAAGCAAGUCAUAGGUUUAAGAGAACUAGUCAUGAGAUUUAGUCAUGUGUUCUCCUACACUGUAUCAUUCAAAACACAUUUCACAAACACAGUCGUAGUUUAAAAAUGAUAUUUUGAGCAUUCGUGCUUGGCAUUAUUAUAACUGUAAAACAGCUCGCUCUCAUUCACUUACAAUCACAAACAAACUUGGGUUUGUCAGAUUCUAAACACAGAAAUGUGGAGCUUUCUUUAGAGAGUUAAUGUCUAACUUAUAAAGUCUCACCUGAUUUAAAUGUUUUUAUUUUGACCCAAUGACCUUCCUGUUACUUGCUGUCUGCAAUAUCUGAUCUGGCUUAUUUAUUUACAAAACACAGUCUGUUUUCUUAAAGGUUAAGUGUGCCAUUUUUGCGGCACUAGAAUCAACAAACAGAAUUGCAAAAUAUAAGCUGUUUUUAAACAGUUUUGUGGAACUCUCACCGUGCCUGGUUGGACAAACAGAUAGUCCCGCCCCAGAACUUAUGCCAUUGGUUGUGCCAAUGCUUUUGAUUUGAUCGUACUCUAAACAAUGUUAUUAUCAUUAAUGAAAACUAAAACAAAAACUGAAUGAAAAUAUUUUCGUUAACUGAAUUUUUUUUUUUUUAAAUGAUUGGAAAAAACUGAUGAUUUUUUUAUACAGCCAAAAUAAAAGUUAAUUCUUUAUUUUGCUUAUAUGCCACGUUUUUGCUUAUAACUUCAAGAAAAAUAAACAGAACGUAAAUAUCACAUAGCAUUACUUAGAGGAGGAGAUUAUCUUUCAAACGAGCCCACACACAAGGUAAUCAGAUGUAUAGAUCAUUAGAUAAUCCACAUGAAGCACAAUGUUACAUAUGACCACCAGGAGAUGGCGCCAAAUACAUGACACAGACUCAAUGAUGACUCAAAUGACACAGAAUGAAACUCAUUCUGUGAAAUCUCAUUACUAAAAUCAUGUCUGCAUGCUAUGCAAACCUUUAGUCAUUGUUGUGUUUGCAUGUGUAAUUAGUUCUUAUGUACAAUUAUUAUGUUUUAUUUGUUCGGAGAGGCUUUUAAACACUAUGAUAAAUUAUUUUUGUAAUGUUAUAACUUUUGAUUGCUUUGUCAUAUCAACACAAUUUCUCUCAGAUACAUUUGACAUGAUUGGGUAUAAAACAAAAGUAGUUUUUCAGAGCCACCUUAUUUACACCCAGAGAUAUAUAAUGUCAAAUCAGAAAAAUAAGAAAAAGAAAAUUGUUUGUGAUUUUUCAGCAGUUUUUUAGGCUGAGAGUGUCAGAAUGUAUCAUCAUCUAUAUCAUUAAAAAAUGUGAAAAGUUUUCUUUACAAUGAUACCAAACACUUGACCCUCCUUGUUUGUUUUCCCAAGUUAUAAGCCUUUAAUUGUGGGUAUGCCACUGAAACAGGAAAUCUUUAAAAACACCUUCAGAGCUUAAAGGUGUAACAGAGAAUAUAUCUUAUUAUAUCUAGAGUAUGUCUUAUUAUUAUAUUAUUUAAGUGUGUAUUUUUGAGUGUCAUCGGACAAAAAAUCAGCGUCGCCCCGAAACACACGCUCCCUCCUGAUUCGUUCUUGUGCUAAAUGAAGAUCUACUGCUGCCAUCGUCAUUCAGAGCUGCAUUCAUUUAUAUUAACUCACAUUGAUUUAGCGCACAUAAGUAUAAUGCAUGUAUCAAUUUCUCAUGUUCAGUGUAACUAAUAAAGUGCACACAGUUGUAAUAAUGAAGUUUCAUUAGAUUUCCACAACAUCUGCACAUCUGCUAUAAUGACAGACGUGGAAGAUUACUUGUUCUUACUUGCACUCUUUUGCCAGUGGCGUCACUAAUUGUCCAAACACAGCAAAACGGUGCGUACGCAAUGGGGUAAGGCUUGCCUGGCAAUGCGCACAUUUUCACGUCAAGUUUACUUUUGAUGUGAAAAAAUCUGGCACGUACACCAAAUUUGAUACAAUAUUGUCUCUUCGUAUUAAGCUGGAAUACGAGACAGAAUUUAACUUCAAUUACACACAUCACUUUUAAGUAAGCAUUCUUUCUGUAUUGCAAAUUAUACCUUUUUUUAAAUGGUUGGAUUUUGAGCAGCUACAUCCCACUUUACUGGCAUUUCCAUGUUGUCAUAAAUAAUUAAAUGGACAGCAUUGAGAGCAUGUGUACUGCUGUCAGGUUGUCACACAAACACGGAGAGAUAUGACAGGAAGUUGAGUGCAUUAGUGUGAGCAAGUAAAACUGAUGUACUCCGGGGAGACACUCCUGCUACAUUUGUGUUUUUGUGUUGAGACAAAAUUGUGUGGCUAAAAAUAAAAAAGGUAAUAAAUGACUUUUUGUGCAUGUGUAUAAAAUAUACUGUGCAUACAAAGACAAAGCACAUAUCUGCACAUUAUGAUAUCAUUAAUGUAUUGUGUUUUACAGUUCUCCAAUCUCAAAUUAGAGAACAGCAUCCUCACUGCUUCAACCCGUGCUGUUGUUUCACGACUUAUUCAACAUAAACACAGUGAACAUCAAUGGUUAAUCACUUAACUAAGAAAACUGCACAUAAGUUAACCUUUAACAACUAGCUUUAUUUUCAUUACUCCUAUAAGUGCUUUUGCUUUAGCAUCAUGAAUGAUGCUGCUUUGGUCUUUGGCCUGUUGUAUUAUGCUUUAUAUUUCACCGUACUUAACAAUUUCUACGUCUAAGUUUAAGUUCAGUAAACUUUAGUAAAUGGAGUACAAUUUAGUAAUAUGUAUAAUUGGCAUAAUUGAUUACUGAGCUUUAAAUAUCUGUGAAAUCAGGAAAAGGACAUCCUUUAUUCCUAAUUUAUUGUCAUUAACUGAGAAAUUCCACCACAGAAUUUCGAGUCUGAAUCUUUAAUUUUGAAAAGAAAUUUUUAUUGUUCAUUCAACACUUGUCAGAACAAAAAUAUAUAUAUAUAAAUAGGCAACCAAAAUGUACAUUUCACAAAAAGAAACAAAAACAAAAAAUGUCACCUGCUGAGAGAAAUCUGUCAAAACUGUACAGAAUUACCGGUAAUAGAGGUUAAAACACUGUUUGUAGAAUAUUCCGUCAUUGACCCAUGACUCCACAGACAGACGCUCAAUGCUUUACAUACAGGAUGAUUCAGGAGUGGGACUGGAGGCGGGGUUAUGGUAGGGGGCGGAGCAAGAUGGUUCACAUUAUCUUGAGAACUCCAGACUUUGACCUUAUCCUAUUUCUUCAGUGUUCCUGACAUCUUGCGAAGUCCUUUCAUCCGAUAAAGCAGCCCAUUGAUAAAGUCC